UCGUGAUCGAACACAAAACAGCGCAACCAACAUUCUGCAAUCCCUGCAUCCUUUGCAUUAGUUUGUUUUGGGUUGCUAUUUGCAUCUUUCUCCUCCUCUUACCGAGUCUUACCCCGGAUUCCAUGACCGUUGCGUUGCGUUACUAUGUACGGAUACACGAGAAAGAAGCCCUCGCAAGUCUCGGGAUGGACAAGCAGGCAAUGCUUCUGCAUUGCAUGACAGUAUCAGUGAUUCGGAUCGUCUAGUUCAAACAUCAACACACGGUCGGGUCCGUGUAUCACACAAUCAGAAACUGAACGCUGAACACCAAAAAAAAAAAAAACCCCAAAUCAAGGACACACCCCCGGGAGCAUGUGAAGUCAUCGCCACGUCUCUGUGGCCCAAUCAUCACACCGUCGAUGCCAAUACCUGUGAUGAAUCUGGUAAUGAACGACACUGCAACCGAACGCGAAAUGCCAGCUCGCAAGUUUCCGGAGAGCAAUAAUACCAACAAGAAAUGAAAGGCCCGUUUACUCACCAUGUUUGUGGCUCGUGUACGGAUAAGCUUGUGCGCUUGCAGGCUUGCAAUUGCAAUGUUGGUGUGUAAAUGCUCACUGCUGCUUUUUGCUUGGCUCGUCUCGUUGAUGGCGGAGGCGUUUCCCUUGCUGGCCUUGCAUUCGCUAUAUCCGGUUGGAUAUGCUAAGAUGAGGAUGGGGUGACGCUCAUGUUCGAGGCGUGCUUCUAUACUCUCAAUUGACCUGUCAGCCUGUCUAGUGCCUAGGUACUCCGUACAAUUUACAGCAAAUGUUGGUCCUUGGCUAAUCGCUAUUAUCCCCAAGCUCCGGGUUAGCUGUACCAUCUCCGUCCUCAUAUUCACGCGCCCAUUGCACCCGCUACAGGCUGUGUUUCGGCCUUGCCCACGCCUAGGUAUCUCAAUGCCUAUCGAAACCAAAUCCAGACUAAAUUAUCGGGAAAAUCGAUGAUGUAGUGGGCCAGGGCCUGAGAAACAACGGGGUGCUCCGCUGUCUGGGCUGUCUCUUGUUCUGUUAAUCAAUAAUCGACAUGAUUUACACAACGGCCUACAUCUGGUCCCCAAGGGGCCGAGUGGAGAGCCCAAGCUUGUUAUUCCUCAGCUCGAGGCGUCGAUCGUUGUUGUAUCAGUUAAUUAGAGCUUCUGAAUCUCUCAAAGACCACUCCGGCUCCCACUUGCGACCUCUGUGGGUCUCCUGCUGUCAUUCCCUCUCUUUCAACACCUCAGGACCCUUUUCCUUCGAUCAAUUGUGUAUUUUGCCAUUGAAGGCCUUUCUCUCAUCUUCUGUCAUAUUAGAACUCGCUUGCAGGACAUGAUCCCUACAGAGUGGUAUCGCUUUAAGGUGGCUACAUCAUAGUACUCGCCGAUCCGAGCCACCCAGAGACGCCCAAUUCCCUUGGUUACCAGUUAUCGCCACAAGCCAUCCAUCCUCCAAUCCGUAUGAGCAAGCAGGGAAGCGAGCACAUGGUCACGAUGUCAAUGGUUAAAUCCCCUCCCCCGUCCCAUUCGGGAUUUCUGGCUCCAGUCCGGCCUCGUUUUAACUCCCAACGCACCUCGGAUCGCCUGCGUGAGGCUCAGACUUUUGUAACACCACCAUUCAAAAUGGGGGGCGCUAUUAAAAAAGGCAGACGAUCCGUCUUUAAAGAAGUUGGUCUAGAACACGAUUUGGAUUAUCCCGCCUCUGCAUCAGCACCUUCACUGUUGUCAGGCGAGCAACUUGGCGCCCAUGAUAACGACAAAAACUUGAGUGAUAGCUCUGAUAUCCAACGACAACUUAAGCAAGACGACGACCACAGUCAGAAUAACGACGACCCUCAACGCCCUCGGCAGUUAUCACUUUCGUCACCGAAGACUUGGUACACCAUAUUAUCAAACCCCAAAGGCCGACCCAGAAUCAAGAGCACUUCGGGUGUGUCCCCAGGCGUCUCGGGCCUACAGCGCUUCACUAUGUUAGCGCUCCUCAUUGCCAUUAUACUUCCGGCGUUCAGUUGGCGAAAUGGCCAUUCAUUUUCAGAUAUCAAUGGCGCCAGUGCUGGUGUUAUUCAGAAGCGCGAGAUCAGCUCUACCAAGGUUUGCACGCGAUGGGGUCUGCAAGCUGCCCAGUUGAACGGAACACUUUACUUAUAUGGCGGUCGCUCAAGAUCAAAAGCCGACCAAGUCGAAAACACAUGGAACAACAAUUUCCUAACUCUGGACCUCACUAAGGACUGGGAUAUAGGCUCGCCCGCUCUCAAAGGUCUCGAGAAACCGGACGGUCCUCCUGAGGUCUCUAUGGGUUAUUUGUGGCAUGAUUACAAUAAUCUGUAUCUUUAUGGCGGCCAAUUCUCCGAUACACCCUAUGUUGAUCCCGAGCCCGAGUCUGUUUGGCGUUAUUCCAUCAAGGAUGAAGAAUGGACCGAAUUUAAGAGCCCCAAAACCUCUGUCGGCAAUGAAUCAGAGCCAGGAAAUCGACCAGUUCACCGUGCUGCUGAGGGAGCAGGCCUGUCUGUGCCUGAGCUCGGCCUAAGCUGGUACUUUGGCGGCCAUCUUGACUGGGCCACCACCCCAGGCUGGUCGCGCAGUGUUGAUCGUGUAUAUCUCAAGAGUCUUCUUGAAUUCACACAUCCAGGCUAUGUUAACACCGGUGUCGAUAGCCUCUCUGACGGCACAGGCGCAGGUGAAAGCGGGGCCUAUCGCAACAUCACAAAAGCGGGCAUUCAGACCGGUAACUUCACUGAGAGGGCAGAUGGUGUCUUGGUGUUUGUGCCAGGCUGGGGCGAGCAAGGUGUUCUUAUCGGCCUUGCUGGCGGUACCAACGAAACGUUUACUGAGGAUCUCGGCACAUUAAACGUAUACGACAUUGCCAAUUCCGAAUGGUUCCAUCAAGAAACGUCCGGGGAUACACCCAGCGUUCGUGUUAAUCCUUGUGCCGUCAUCGCCAGCGCGCCGGAUGCGUCAAGUUUCCAGAUUUACAUGUUUGGUGGACAAAAUCUUCCUUUUGGAAACCAAACGCAGUACGAUGACAUGUACAUCCUGACCAUUCCCUCUUUCACAUGGAUCAAAGUCGACCAAAACGACGACAACAGACCCGCUGCCCGAGCUGGCCAUUCAUGCGCCAUGUAUGAUGGUCAAAUGGUGGUUGUUGGUGGAGUAGGUGAGGACAUCGGAUGUGAUCCGGGCAUGUACGUAUUCGAUGCAACCUCACUCAAGUGGAAGGACCAAUUCAAGGCUGGCAAUCACGAUUCGGACCAUCAUCCCGAUAACUUCGUUCUCGCUGGGUCCCAUGGAUACGAGGUUCCGGACGCCGUGCGCAAGGUCGUGGGUGGGGACAAGGACGGCAGCGCUACCGUCACCACCCCCGCUGUGGGGCCGGCUACCGGUGGCCCGUUCUUAACGGGCAAGCCCCCGGUUUUCACAGUUACCUCCGGGCCGACAGCGACAGUACGGGUCGGCCAGACUGGUACUGCAACCGCUUCUCCGGAUAGAGAAGACCAUGAUGGAGUUAACGGUGGUCUCGUAGCUGCAGGCGUAAUCGCUGGUAUCUUUGGAGCCCUUGCCUGUUAUCUUGGCUUCUGUGCCUGGCUCUAUCGCCGGCAAGUCAACGCCUACAGACAGCACCUCGCAGUAUCAAACCGCUACUCUGUUGCGUCCCACUCUCUCCUCAACCCUUCAGCCCUUGCUGCUGCUGGUACUACCCGCCCCAAGCGUGCUAUCUCCCAGCGCAGCCUCUUUGGCUGGGUCGGCCCUAGCCGCGAUCAGGGAUAUACCACAGAGCCCAAAUGGAGCCCUGAGGAUGAAGAUGAUACCACACCAGGCGCUCUCGGGUCCAGCAGCGGGUCUGGAGGUGCUAAGCGCAGUGAGGACACGAGACCUGGAACGAGUCAUAGCGGAGGCUCGACUGAAGGGCUACUCGAAGGCCAGGAACCGAGUUUCUUCAGCGUCGUCAUGGGUCCUCGCCGGGCGUUGCGGGUUGUUAACAAUGCAGAGUAAACCGCGCGUGUACGAAGAGAGGCGUUGUUGGGUAAAGGAACGGAUGGUAUUUAAUGGUUCCCUUUUGAGAUGUGAGAUGAGUUGGACUGGUUGGUUACGAUAAACGAAAUGUAUGAAUAACUGGUGGCCUUGUAUCGGCACAGAUACAUUCGCUGAUACCCCAUGUUUCUUAAUGUCCCCGGCAAAGGGAGCCUUUGGGCAAGAAAUGUGAAUGAUUUUUGAAUCAAAAUGUUGUGAGAAAACGACAGUGUAGUCAUAGGAUCUUGUACCUUUAGUUAUUCUAACAAUUAUGCUCUCUAUGCGCCAUUAACGCCA